UGGAAGCGGAUUGCCCGGAGUUCCCUCCGACAGUGUGUGCAGCUGCUCUCCCGGCUCCAGGUUCUCUCUCCCCGGGCUGUCAGCUCUCCUUCCCAGGCUCUCUGGCUGCAGCAAUGCUCUGCAAUGUUGCCCUGGCUGCUUGGCUGCUAACUGCAGCGUUUAGUCUUAGGAAUUCAACGACAGAACAUACAACAGAACCAGUGUCCCUGAGUUUGGAACCCAGAAAUGGUUCAGGGGCAAGUCCAUUUAUCAUCUCUCAAUCUACCACCCAAACAUCACUUACAACCAACACUGUAUCGCGUGCCAAUGGACCCCAUGAAGGUACUGCAUCCAGCCUUGCUGCUACAGUAUCCACAAGCACCAAAUCUAACGCUGCUGGCACAGAGAGAUCUACUUCAACAAACUCAAUCUCUACUAGAGGGUUAUCAACAGUGACGACAAUAAGAGGUACCAAGGAUGUUGCUACACAUUCCCAACAAGUCCUUACAUUUGAAACAGGGACUACAGAUGCUACAAGUAAGCCACAGUCAACUUUAAAUCAUUCAAUAGAUACAAGUUCAUCAUUGUCCAUAUCAACCUCAGCCCAAAAAACAGAUCAAUUCUCUACAUCGCUAACUGCUGCCACUUCCCAAACUACAAGGAGCUCACAGCCUCCUUCAGGUUUAUCCCCAUCAACUGACAUCAGCACACCACCAUCAAAGUCAACAAUUAUCAGUGUACCACAGUCAACGUCAACUUUCAACCUGUCUACAGGUUUUGGACAGUUAUCUACCCCAGUCCAAGUGCUCCCAGCAUCUACUUCAGUCCAAACUGCAGGAAAAUCGAGUACACAGUUCAGUUCAACCAUUGCCCAAACCGUAGCUACUACAAGUUUACCAGAGACGUCCAGCACUGUCAAUCAACAAACCAAACCAACAUCUGUACCAUCUGUAACUUCCACUGUACCCCAGACAGAAAGCAGCGUGACGACAUUGGAAACCACUUCUGUCAUGACUGAAAAGGAAACAGUUACUGUGAUCUCAACCUCGUUGUCUUCAUUGUCGACUCCAACACCAUCAGCUUUACCUGAACUGAUUUCAAAAACCUCAAACACAACAACCCGUCCAACCCAGGAAGCCACUGCAAACACUGAAGGAUUCCCAAACCAUUCGAGUGCAGGAAGUGUAGCAGCAGUCUCUGUAGUGGUUAUCUUAGCAGUGGUGGCCUUACUUGGAGGAUUCAUCUACUUUAAGUUAAGAAACUCUGGGUAUGGACGACUGCUUGAUGAUCAGGACUAUGGGACCUGGGGUAAUUACAAUAACCCUUUGUAUGAUGAUUCUUAAGAAGACAAACUGGCUUUCUAGGUUUGUUUAUAUCCAACCAUCUAAUGAAAAGUGUUUUUUUUUUAUUUGUUGAGAAAACUUGGCCAAACAUAAUUGAAUUUCUUUGAUUUCUUCCCAUUUAUUUUGUUCUGGUUUAAAUUUGUUCAUCCUCUUCUGAAUUCCCUCUGUUAUGCAAAAUGGGAUAGUUCUGCUGGUGGAUUCCUCACACACAUCAUCAUCAUCAUCAUGACGAAGAGAUGCAGUAAAUAGUUGAGACAAAUGAAGAUUUUCCGAGUAUUCCUAAGUUAAGGAUGAUGUUAGUGCUGCAGUAAUUCCUGUUGUCAGCAGUCCUAUAUAAACACCACCAAACAAAAAACAUCGAAAUGAUUACAGGGGACUGAAAUAGGAUUCAGUGUGCUGCUGACACAUUUUAAACAUCUUCACGAGACUUCAAUUUUAUUUUGAAACCUGGAUUGGUGAUCAACUAAGAGAUUCCAGGAAUUGUGACUCUUGAGUGGAAUUCCUGUUCAAGUUUCAGUCUUGCUGUAUAACUGUGCGUGUGUGUGGCUGUCACCAGAUUACUCAUAACUCAGCAUUGACUUUCCAAAAGUAAUUUCAUCGCAGUUCAGUUUCCAGCCCAGAGCUUUGACGGUGAUAAAUGAGAGAUGGGGUUUUUGAGAUUUAACGCAGCACCAUCUUCACCAGUUCCCCUGGCAUUACAUACUGUUAACAAGGAUCCAUGCUGCCAUGGGUACAUGACCAAAUUCCUCCUUCACAGUUUUUGAGAAUCAUUUCUUUUCAAAUUCCUUCAUGGUAACAGUGGUAGUGUCAGUAUGUGUUGCCCAUCCUUGUUGCCCUUGAACUGCGUGGCUUGUUCAGCCAUUUCAAUUAAGAGUCACCCACGUUGCUGAGGGCCUGGAGUCACAUUUAGGCCAGACCGGGUAAGGAUGGCUGAUUUCCUUCCCUAAAGGACAUUUAAUUACUGCCUCCAAUAACUAGGAAAAUACCCCACAGUUACAAUAACUUGAUGAAUCUGUAAAAUAAUGUGUGGUCAAACAUUGAUAGGAAGUGGUUAGGUGUUGUUUUGGUAAUCAUUUCAUUAUAAGCCUUGUGUGAUAUUUUACAUGCAAAUCACUGAUGUUUGUAAAAUAGCAGGGUCAAUUGAAACAGACAGUUUAAAAACUUGGCUGAUUAUUUAAUGUAUUUCAUGUCAGCUACACAGUGUGUGGAGGCAGUAACUUAUAGUUCAGUCAGAUGACUGGAUAUUUUUAAGCAGUUGGAACCCAAGCCAGUAUUCAUUUGCAAAUUCCAGUUACACUUCCAGAAAUACACAACCUCAUAAAAUACAGCAGGAUCACGGGAUGGUACUUGGGAAAUAAAUCUGUAAAUGAUGCAGCAGGUCAGAUGACACAAGAUUUGCUGAUGAGACUAAGUUAUUUAGCAAAGUGAUGUGAUUAACAGAAACUGAUCACAAUGGACAGAUUGGAGCAGGUUGAGGAGCACAGCAAAGACAGAGUUCAUUUUGAAAUGGACUGGCUCACCAGCACAGAGACUGAAAUGGAAAAGAUGAGGUUGUGGAGAAAUGAAAAUUAGUUUGGUUUAAUUGUCAUCCAUCCAGGUGCCAGGGAUUGAUCAGGUAUUGGUUUUUAUUCAGACAAGGAUGUGGGGUUGUAAAUCCAGGCAAACUAUUUUGAUCACAAUGAAUCAUCAUUGGGGUCAAUUUUUAGAAAAUAGGUUGGAGUGGGUUAGGUUGUGGGUUGG